GCAGUUCAGCUCAUACUUAAACUCAUGCAGUGUUAGAGGGAAAAUGGCUAAUCUACAUUCAGGUCAUGCACCAAAUAAUUACUUGGGGCCUGUUUUAGAAAGAUGAGGUCUUGGUUUGAACGAUCAUGGAAGCACCCGAGAGCCUGGGAAUCAGCCAGGAUAUCAAUGCCGGGAAUCCAACUGUUGAUCUGGAGGAAGCACAGGCAGACUGGGUGAGAGUGAGAGUGGAGGAAAGCUGGUUCCAUCUUAACCGCGGGUUUCUUGUAAGGCACAGCGACUAUUUCCGAGCUCUCUUUCACUCAGGGAUGAAAGAAAGCCUGGAAGGGGAGCUAUAUCUGAGAGGAGGAGUGCACGCAAGAGGUUUCCUUAUUGCGCUUGCUGUCUGCAGGGAUGAGAACCCCCCCAUCAGGGACCCAGAAGAGCUUGUUGAAGCCGUAGAGUGCGCUGCUUUCCUGCAGAUUCCCACUUUGACUCGGCAUCUUUGCGACAUCAUAGACUCGGAUAACUGCCUCUUGCUUUACCACGCGGCUUCCAUCUAUGGAGUGCACAGACUGUUUCAGAAUGCCGCUCUCUUUCUUUGUGAUGCUUUUGAUGACCUCAAGGAAGCAGCAGAAAGCACAAUUCCUGAAGAGCUGCUCAAAUACUCUCAAGCACUCUCCCCUGCUAGUUAUAUCGCCAUCGGUACCCAUACGCCAUCAAUGGAGCUGCUGCAGGACACUUUCAGGGUUGUUUGCUUCCUUGAUGAAAAGGAAGGGGAGUGGAAGCAUCUGACAAACCUGCCAACUCUUUGCAGUACCUCCAGGGCUGGGGUGGCUGUGCUUGACAAUCGGCUGUACAUUGUUGGAGGAAUUUACGGCUAUGGCAAAGACACAGUGGACAGAACAUUCUGUUACAAUCCAGAUUCAGGGAUAUGGACAACUCUUCCAGGUCCACAGCAACCAAGAUACGACUUUACGCUGCUUGGGCAUGAGGGGCGCCUAUAUGCCAUUGGUGGAGAAGCUCAAAAACAGAUCAUUUCCACAGCAGAGAAGUACAACGCAGCAAGGGGAGAGUGGACAUUUAUCCAACACGCACCCAGACCUGUAGCAUCAGCAGCUUGUGCUAUUGCUCGUCAGCGAAUGUUUGUUUGCUUCUGGAAACCCCCUGACACUACAGAUAUCUAUGAAUACAUUCCACUGAUAGAUAAGUGGAGUCUCACCACCACCAUGAUCAGACCGCAAAGCUACGGCCACUGUAUGGUGGCCCACAGGGACAAUUUGUAUGUGAUGAGGAACGGGCCUUGCGAUGACUUCCUGCGCUGCCUGAUGGACUGCUACAACAUUACGACUGGUCAGUGGACUGCCAUGCCCGGGCAUUACAUAAACAGCAAAGGGUCGCUGUUCACUGCGGUGACAAGAGGGGACUCUGCGUUCACAGUGAAGCACAUGUUGACUCUUGAAUACACUAUCACGGCAAAUGGAUGGAAACCCCACAGACAGAUGAAAGGAUUCCCAAAGAGUGGUUCACUAUGGACUUGUCUACUUAGACUCCCCAAGACUGGACCAGUGACACCAGAACUGGAUGUGGAUGAGAGACAAAGAGAAAUUGCUUUGCCAGACAUUUCAGAAAGAUUUGUGGAUGCUAUACAACAGAUGUGAAGUUACUCCAACUGUGCUAGAAUGAUAAAAGGUCUAAGAGAUAAAAAAUAUUGGAAUACUUCUGGACAUUUUUAACAGAUAAAUGCUCUUCAGACAUUCACUUACACACAUACACAACACAUACACAAAGAUGUGCUGACACUAAGGAUUUGGUCUGAUUAGCAACAGCUGCUACUGUGGUUUAGAUCAGGAAAGGCCGCUGUGUCUGUGUGUGUAAAGUUCAAAGGGGUUGAUGGGAUGUUCUAAGCCUCUCAUUCUCUGCCAUUUUCCCUAAGUCACACUGGGCCAAUUCAGGAACCAGUAAUUUCCUGGUCAACACAAAGGCCUACCACUCACACACUCCUGAGCAAUUGCUGCUUUAGUGUGCGGUCACUUGUUUCUGUGACUUAUAGGCUUGUAAACACUGUAGAAUUUUUUUCUUGCCUGUUUCAGAUAAAUAAAAGCAAAUAUUAUUAGGUUUGCAUUAUAUUAAUGAUAGUACCGCCUAUUAUUGCAAUGCCUUGCAAGAGUAUUUGCAGACCUUGAAUGUUGUUACUGCUUGUAAAGUUACAAUAAAAAUGACUGAAUAACUCAAGUGGAGGAAAAGUUACACUUCAUUUUCAAAUUUAAAACAUACAUCUUUAGUGCAGAAAGUAUUUGAGAUAAUUGCCAGGUGACUUCAUUGAUGGAUAAACCAACCCUUGACCUAAACUGAUAGACUGACUAAUGGGAGCAAUAAUCAAAUAAGCAGCUAAAGGGCCAAUGGUGAGAAUUUGUUGACGGAACAACUAUUAGUCAUAGAGUACAAUAAUUGGGCCUCAAUGGAGAAAUAACAAGCAUGUGGAAGAAGGUAUUCUGGUCACUCUGAACCAAAACUCAUGCAAGUCACUAUGCGUUUCCCAAGCUGAAACAUUGUGAUUGCUACAUCAUCAUAUGUGUGAGAGUUGCCUAGUUAAAGUCCAGAUCUAAAUCUAACCUAGAAUCUAUAAGAGUUGAAACUUUGUUCACUGACAAUCAAAGUUUGUAGUUUUAAUGUUAAGACGAUUCAAGGAGUGUGUAAACCUUUUGCA